AUGGAGAAGGGGAGUUCAGUGGCGGUGAUGGAGGAGAAGGACCUGGAGUUUCUCUUCGACGGAAGCACCGAUGGAGAAGAAGACGUGGAGGCCCAGACGGAGAAUGGGGAGGAGGAGGAGGAGGGAGAUCGUUCGGCUUCGAUCUUUUCCCAGCAGUGGCCUAAAAGCUACAGGCUGCCAACAGGAAUUUGUGUCUGUCAAAUGCUUAACGUAGGCUUCACAGUGGUCGACCGGACGAGUUAUCUACCGACCGAGCAAAAUAGGCUAAAGUCGACUGAGCGAAUCGAAGGCUUCUGGCAACUCGAGUUGCUGGGCGAACAGGCGAAGCGAUCAGCAGGCCGAAGCCUAGAAAGCAGUCAGACGAGUGAAUUGAGGUCUGCGACGAACGCAGUUUCCUUGAAACAGAUUCGCCCCACCUCCGGCGGCAAAUUGAGAGCACUCGAUUGCUAUCAUAGGGUGGUGUUUGUCUCCUUUGGACAAUUUAGUCUCCAACAAUUCAAGAACGUCGAUUCUCCGCUGCUUAAGGAGGUGUUGGGCUCCUUUUUGCUUAAGGGGCUUCUGGAAGCCCCUUAUAUUCCAGCUAGCGAUCUUCGUUCCUUGGCGUGGACACCUCGUGUGCGUCCCUAUCUUUCGGUAUUAACAGAUAUAGCCUACCUUUGUUUGUUGAUGGCUGUCGAUAAUGACGCUGCAGCAGAGGUCUCCUCGCUAUAUUGUUUGCAGAACCCGUCUCUGAGCUUGGUUGCUUUGGCAGCUGCUAGCCAGUGCCUGUUCUACAUUGAGUUCGCCGCAAGCUAUUGUUGCUUUAUCACUGCUAUUGCUCUCUGUCGUCUGAGUCUGGAAAGUAUUGAUACAUACACGAUUUCUGCAUCACCAGCAUUCGGAAAUCUUGGGCCUAUGCCUAGUAUUAAAUACUCUAGCUUGCUCAGUCAAUUUGGGCAAGAAUCUGAUUUGAGAUCACUUCUUCUUCCCAGUAGUAUAUGUGAGAAGCUAGAAUCCAAUAAAAGCGUAAGGAAAUCUCUUGGUUUGGUAUCGAAUAAGUCAGCCUCCUUCCUGGUUGAGUAUUCUGGUGAAGUAUACAUUCAUCAUGGAUGUAGUGUAACUCAAACAGUCUUUAAUGGAAUUAAUGUAUUAGCUGGGGUUGGCCUUCUUUCUACUCCAUUUACUGUGAAAGAGGGAGGAUGGGCUAGUUUGGUAAUGUUACUUUGUUUUGCUGUAGUUUGUUACUACACUGGCAUUCUUAUGAAGUUUUGCUUUGAGAGCAAAGAAGACAUUUUUAGCUACCCUGAUAUUGGUGAAGCUGCAUUUGGAAGAUUUGGACGCUUAUUUGUAUCUGUUGUCUUGUAUGCGGAACUAUAUUCAUAUUGUGUUGAAUUUAUUAUUUUAGAAGGUGAUAACCUUACUAAGAUCUUUCCUGGGGCUUCUUUGGAUUGGGCUGGGCUGCAUGUAGAUUCUAUCCAUUUGUUCGGGAUUUUAACUGCUCUAAUUAUUCUACCAACUGUUUGGCUACGAGACCUUAGAAUAAUCUCUUAUCUAUCAGCUGGUGGAGUUAUUUCCACUAUAGUGAUCUUUCUCUCUGUGGUCUUCAUUGGUUCUGUCGAUGGGAUUGGAUUCCAUCAUUCUGGUAAAGCUGUGAAAUGGGGAGGCCUACCAUUUUCUAUUGGUGUGUAUGGCUUUUGUUACUCCGGCCAUUCAGUGUUUCCAAAUAUUUACCAAUCAAUGUCAGAUCGAACUAAAUUCAGCAGAGCAUUGUUAAUAUGUUUCAUUUUGUGCACGUUGAUAAAUGGCUCGUUUGCCGCCAUUGGAUAUCUCAUGUUCGGUGAAGCUACGUUGUCCCAAUUAACAUUGAACUUACCAAAGGAUUCAUUUGCCUCAACAGUUGCUUUAUGGACAACGGUGAUCAAUCCAUUCACCAAAUAUCCUUUUGGGAUUUCUUUAAUAACUUAGAUUGCACCUUGUUGCUUUAAAGUCAUUGUUGUAUCUUUAGCUAGAAACAGAUAUGCAUUAUUACUAAAUCCCGUAGCCAGAUCUCUGGAAGAGUUGCUUCCCCAAGAAACUUCUGACAAAGUUUGGUGCUCCAUGUUGUUAAGAACAGGGCUUGUUGUAUCUACCGUACUGGUAGCUUUUGUUCUUCCAUUUUUUGGUCUUAUGAUGGCAUUAGUUGGUUCACUUCUCAGCAUCCU